UUUUCUACACAAAUUCUUAUUCCCUUAACAAUUGAUUAUGUUUCAUGGAUGUUGUGCAUGUUUUUUUUUUAAAUUUACUUAAAUUAAUCAAAUAAAUGUAAUGGAGUACAAAGUACAAUCUUUCUCUCUGGAUCGUGGAGUAGAAGUAUAAAGUAUAAAAUGAGUAGUGGCAGUAGCAGUUGUAGUCGGGUACAGUACUCGAGUACUUGAGGUAACAUUGAUGAAGCACUUCCAGCAGGAGUUGUUAUCUCAUCAGCAGAUAUCAGGUCACAGUGAAAACAAAAGGAAGCACAGUGAUGACUUCUUUAUCUUUGAUCAUCUUAUCUUAAAGUGCAGCAGGCCGUCUUCAACACAUUAACACUCACACAGAUCAGUGAAAGAGUAAUCUUUGCCCUCACAGUCAGUUAAUCAUUCAGCUCUGACGAUGUGAAAGCCAAGGAUUUAAAAGCUUUGCGACAGAGGAGUCCUCCAUCACUGCUGUGGAAACAUGAACCCCAAACAGUCCGAGGAUGUUUCCAGAGACACGAGCUACACAAACCAGAGCGGUGGACUCAUGGAGAGGAUCAGGACGUUCAACACCAAAGACGUCUUCACCUGGCAGGUAGCCAAGACACUGGCCAUGGGUCAGGGUCUGGCUGCCCUCGUCUGUGGGACGGCCAUCUCCUCCCAGUACCUGGCCACAAGCUUCCACGUGAACACACCCAUGCUGCAGAGCUUCUUUAACUACGCUCUGCUGUUUGUCACCUACGGCCCCAUACUGCUCUGCAGGACAGGGGAUGGAAAUAUUUUACAGAUUCUCAAGAGAAGAUGGUGGAAGUACCUUCUGCUGGGACUGGUGGACGUGGAGGCCAACUACAGUGUGGUUAAAGCAUACCAGUACACCACCAUCACCAGUAUACAGCUUCUGGACUGCUUUGUGGUCCCGGUUCUGAUGCUUCUGUCCUGGUGGAUUUUGAAGACACGCUACAGGCUGGUCCACUUUGUGGCCGUCUGCAUCUGUCUCCUUGGGGUGGGAGCGAUGGUGGGAGCCGACCUGCUCGCUGGACGAGACCAAGGCUCCACCUCAAACAUCUUGUUAGGUGACGGUUUGGUGCUGCUCAGCGCCUCGCUGUAUGCAGUGUCCAAUGUGUGUCAGGAGUACACAGUGAAGAACCUGAGCAAGGUGGAGUUUCUGGGCAUGGUCGGCUUGUUCGGCACCAUCAUCAGCACCAUACAGAUGGUGGUCCUGGAGCGAAAUGAAGUUGCUGCCAUCCAGUGGAGCUGGCAAGUUGGCCUCCUGUUCUCUGCCUUCGCGUUGUGUCUGUACACUCUGUACAACUGCAUGUCCAUCGUGGUGAAGCUGAGCAGCGCCACCUCCGUCAACCUCUCCCUGCUCACCGCUGACCUCUUCAGCCUCUUCUGUGGGAUCUUCCUCUUCCAGUACAAUUUCUCUGGACUCUACCUGGUCUCACUUGUGGUCAUCAUCAUCGGCUUCAUCACCUUCAACGCUGUGCCAACACCCACUGACAACACAGACUCCACCUUCACCUCCUCCUCCUCCAUCUGUGAGGAGGGUUACUAUGUCAAUCCUUUGGCCAUUCAGGAUGACAUCAACAAACAAGAAGUGACCGCGAGGAUCGCCACCGAGGAGGAGGAGGAUGUUGUGUCUGUUGGACGCAGCACUAAAAUGUGAAACCUGUCGAUAUGUUUUUUAUAUUUUUAAACACUUUUAUUUAUUUUAGCAUAAAAAAAUGCAGAAUAAAGAAAUUAAUGAGAAAAAGGAAAUAAAAUAAAACCAGAACACGCCUCAUCCGCCAUGCUGUGGUAUAGAAGUAUAAAUAAACUCCAUGCUUGCAUCUGA